GGUCGACGACCUCACAGGGCUCCUGAGCACAGAUGCAAGCGCGGUGCCAAUUCUGAGAGCUCCCGGGACCAUCUGGGGAAGGCCGGGCAACCCACAGGAUGGGGAGGCAGAGCCAAGCCGGAUGGAGACCGCGCUGGACCUGACCUAAAUUCCUUCCAGGCAUGCAAACCUUUCCAGAAAGACUAUAGCCUUCACUUUCCCUCGGUCCACCAUGGAGCCCUUGUGUCCACUCCUGCUGGUGGGUUUUAGCUUGCCGCUCGCCAGGGCUUUCAGGGGCAACGAGACCACUGCCGACAGCAACGAGACCACCACGACCUCAGGCCCUCCGGACCCGGGCGCCUCCCAGCCGCUGCUGGCCUGGCUGCUACUGCCGCUGCUGCUCCUCCUCCUCGUGCUCCUUCUCGCCGCCUACUUCUUCAGGUUCAGGAAGCAGAGGAAAGCUGUGGUCAGCGCCAGCGACAAGAAGAUGCCCAACGGAAUCUUGGAGGAGCAAGAGCAGCAAAGGGUGAUGCUGCUCAGCAGGUCACCCUCAGGGCCCAAGAAGUAUUUUCCCAUCCCCGUGGAGCACCUGGAGGAGGAGAUCCGUAUCAGAUCCGCCGACGACUGCAAGCAGUUUCGGGAGGAGUUCAACUCAUUGCCAUCUGGACACAUACAAGGAACUUUUGAACUGGCAAAUAAAGAAGAAAACAGAGAAAAAAACAGAUAUCCCAACAUCCUUCCCAAUGACCAUUCUAGGGUGAUUCUGAGCCAAGUGGAUGGAAUUCCCUGUUCAGACUACAUCAAUGCUUCCUACAUAGAUGGUUACAAAGAGAAGAAUAAAUUCAUAGCAGCUCAAGGCCCCAAACAGGAAACGGUUAACGACUUCUGGAGAAUGGUCUGGGAGCAAAAGUCUGCGACCAUCGUCAUGUUAACAAACUUGAAAGAAAGGAAAGAGGAAAAGUGCCAUCAGUACUGGCCCGACCAAGGCUGCUGGACCUAUGGAAACAUCCGGGUGUGCGUGGAGGACUGCGUGGUUUUGGUCGACUACACCAUCCGGAAGUUCUGCAUACAGCCACAGCUCCCCGACGGCUGCAAAGCCCCCAGGCUGGUCUCACAGCUGCACUUCACCAGCUGGCCCGACUUCGGAGUGCCUUUUACCCCCAUUGGGAUGCUGAAGUUCCUCAAGAAAGUAAAGACGCUCAACCCCGUGCACGCUGGGCCCAUCGUGGUCCACUGUAGCGCGGGCGUGGGCCGGACGGGCACCUUCAUUGUGAUCGAUGCCAUGAUGGCCAUGAUGCACGCGGAGCAGAAGGUGGAUGUGUUUGAAUUUGUGUCUCGAAUCCGUAAUCAGCGCCCUCAGAUGGUUCAAACGGAUAUGCAGUACACGUUCAUCUACCAAGCCUUACUCGAGUACUACCUCUACGGGGACACAGAGCUGGAUGUGUCCUCCCUGGAGAAGCACCUGCAGACCAUGCGCGGCACCACCACCCACUUCGACAAGAUCGGGCUGGAGGAGGAGUUCAGGAAAUUGACAAAUGUCCGGAUCAUGAAGGAGAACAUGAGGACGGGCAACUUGCCGGCAAACAUGAAGAAGGCCAGGGUCAUCCAGAUCAUCCCGUAUGACUUCAACCGAGUGAUCCUUUCCAUGAAAAGGGGUCAAGAAUACACAGACUACAUCAACGCAUCCUUCAUAGAUGGCUACCGACAGAAGGACUAUUUCAUCGCCACCCAGGGGCCACUGGCACACACGGUUGAGGACUUCUGGAGGAUGAUCUGGGAAUGGAAAUCCCACACUAUCGUGAUGCUGACGGAGGUGCAGGAGAGAGAGCAGGAUAAAUGCUACCAGUAUUGGCCAACUGAGGGCUCAGUUACUCAUGGAGAAAUAACGAUUGAGAUAAAGAAUGAUACCCUUUCAGAAGCCAUCAGUAUACGAGACUUUCUGGUCACUCUCAAUCAGCCCCAGGCCCGCCAGGAGGAGCAGGUCCGAGUAGUGCGCCAGUUUCACUUCCACGGCUGGCCUGAGAUCGGGAUUCCCGCCGAGGGCAAAGGCAUGAUUGACCUCAUCGCAGCCGUGCAGAAGCAGCAGCAGCAGACAGGCAACCACCCCAUCACCGUGCACUGCAGUGCCGGAGCUGGGCGAACAGGUACAUUCAUAGCCCUCAGCAACAUUUUGGAGCGAGUAAAAGCCGAGGGACUUUUAGAUGUAUUUCAAGCUGUGAAGAGUUUACGACUUCAGAGACCACAUAUGGUGCAAACCCUGGAACAGUAUGAAUUCUGCUACAAAGUGGUACAAGAUUUUAUUGAUAUAUUUUCUGAUUAUGCUAAUUUCAAAUGAAGAUUCCUGCCUUAAAAUAUUUUUUAAUUUAAUGCUACAUAAAGGCCUUAUUCGACAUUUUCACUGAUAACUGAUCGCACCCUCGUGUUGCAGUGUUCGUCCCCUAUUCACUAACAGUGUGUGCAAAUGCAACCCCAGGACACAUUAUUGUUCUGACAGAUGCUCACAGGGAAUCAAGCUUCUCGCCCACUCCACGGCUCUGAGCCCCAUCCAAGGGCAAGACUUGGUGCCCAGCUGGAAGGACGAAAGCACACUUUGCGACCGCCAUCCUCACCAGCUGCAUGCCUGGGCUGCACACCGCUGAACGUGCUCCUCCCUCCUUCUCCCGCUGAACGUGCUCCUCCCUCCUUCUCCCGCUGAACGUGCUCCUCCCUCCUUCUCCCGCUGAACGUGCUCCUCCCUCCUUCUCUGUACAAUGAUUCAGCAUCUCGGUGGAAGAGGAAAAUGGAGCUUUUUGAGGCUCGUCAGGUCCCUUUUGUUUUCACCAUUAAAAUUCCAAACCCAAAGCCUUUGUUUGACUGAAGGAGAAGAGAGGGAAGCAAGCUUCUGUUCAGCACCUGAACCCUAGAAAAAGAGCCAGUUUGCUACGACGAAGGUGACGUUUCUCUGGUCAUUUAUUUGAGAGUUCGAAGUCAAAGUCGAGGGGCACAGGCUUUGGUUCAUGUCUAGGAGCCCUCUGUCAGAAUCCUUGAAGCCCUUUAAUGGUCUAACUGGCAUCUCUUGUAUCAAGAAGUACCUUUAAGGUAGACCUUUUCAGGGUGCCCUCAGGAAAGGGCCCUGCUCAUGUUUUUUUCCUGUCCCCUUAGACCAACCCCAGGUGUCCGCUGCAGGGGUUCUGCCUGUUCCCAAACUUUUUCCAUUCCAGGAACAAAGGAGAAGCCACUUUCCCCAGGACGCAGGACUCUCCCCUCCACUGUCUGGGGCAGCGUUCGCCCUUUAGCGGGGAGGUCAUUACAGCUUCAUGGCCUCUACCAAGGCCCCAGAUCACACGAUCUCCUGGGCCUUGGAGCACCUCACGCUGGGGGAAUCAAUCCCUGGGGGACUCAGAAUCUUCUCCGUGCAACCUGGAAAGUUCAUCUCGUUUCCUUCAGUCAAAGAAAGUCCAUUGUACAUAACAAAACAGCCCCCAAACAGCCCAGUGCCGACACCGUUGUUCCUUUCACAUUUUCCUUUGUUGCAUGCAGUUGGGUUCAAAUGCCAAAUAGUGAUUAGAAGACGACCAUUCUGAUCUGUGUGUGAUCUGGUCACUAUGUGACUGCCUUUACGGUUUCUCUCCAUGUGCUAUAUGAAUGAAGAAUGCAUACCAGUGUUUUAAAAGGUAUUUUUAUGUGUUUUUAAACACUUUUUUAAAUGAGCCUGACACCUGUGUUUCAGCAUUUGGAGACAUCCCCAUGUUAUUCUUUUAAGCGUAUAAUUACUGAUAUUUGUUUGUUUGUUUAACUAAGUUGUGUUUAAUUUAUGUGCAAUCUUUAUAAUGUAUGUAUGUUAUUACAGUUUCAACUAUCAUAUUUUCUUUGAUUACAUUUAUAAUUUGAUCUUGCUCUGAUUAUAAUGCCAGUGAAUGUUGCUGAACUCUUUGUAUAUGCAAAUUGCAAGAUUUAAACCAUUCUGAUGCGAGGAUAAACCUUUACUUUGACUACCA